UUAUCUAUGCUUUUCUUCUUUACCUUCCAACUAAUAAACUCCGCUAUACACACACUCUCUCUUUCUCUCGUCUUAUAUUACAUCAAACACUUCCCAUUCUUCUUUCUAGUUUCUACUACACAAGUAACACAACCCAAAACACAUGCACAUACCGGACAAUGUGAUAAAGCUGUAAUCAACCCCAACAUUUCCAAAACACCACCAAAUUAAGCUUCAAUUAUGGACCCGGUCCGAAAAUUGAUUGUUCAGGUUGUUGACGCUCGCGAACUUCUUCCCAAGGACGGACAUGGAUCUACCAGUCCCUACGUGGUUCUCAAUUUCUACGGCCAGAAGAAGAGGACCCGAACCGUCAUCGGGGACUUGAACCCAACCUGGAAUGAAAAAAUCGAAUUCAACGUCGAUAAGCGUCCGUCGUCGGUCAUCGGCGACCUUCUAGAGGUUGAUGUCUAUCACUACCACGACCGAAGCAUUGGCCCCACAACGAAGGACAUCUUUCUGGGUCGGCUCCGAUUGAGCUCGCGACAGUUUGUCAAGAAAGGUGAAGAGGCACUGAUUUACUAUCCGUUGGAGAAGAAGAGUCUAUUCAGUUGGGUUCGGGGUGAGAUUGGAUUGAAGAUUUAUUUCGUCGAACCCGUAUCACCGCCCUCGCCACCGCCGUCGGCGGAGGACGUCAAACCACCUGAUGCAGCUCCACCACCGCCACCACCAGUUGAACCCGGAUCCGACACUCAGCAGCCGAAAGAAGAUGCAGUGGCGGAUGGUGCAAAAUCUGACACACAGGCAGUGCCUCCGCCUGAGCCCAACCAGGCGCCGGCGGCGGACCCACCUCCAGAUGGCGGGAAACCCAGUGAAGACAUACCUCCUCCUGCGGGUACUGAAACUGCUGAGAAACCGCCGGAACCUGACCCACAACCCCAAGAUGCAAGUACGGUUCCAGUGGAUCCCGUACCAGCUCCAUCGGUGCAACCAGAUCCAUCACAGCCACAAAUGACGGCAUCACUAUCAUCACGAUCAGGACCUGAAUUUGGUUUCAACGGUCCUCAGCCAAUCAGCCGCCACGCAUCGGUCAGUAGCUUCAUGUCGGACCCAUCGGAGGGUAAUCCAAUCGAACGGACAUCGUUCGAUCUGGUUGAUAAAAUGCACUAUCUCUUUGUUCGGGUCUUAAAAGCCCGAUCACUUCACACCAACAGCAAUCCAAUAGUCAAGAUAGCGGCUUCGGGUUCUCAAGUCGUAUCCAAACCCGCCAGAAGAACCCAAUUGUUUGAGUGGGACCAGACAUUCGCCUUUGGCCACGACACACCAGAUUCCAGCUCCUCCAUUUUAGAAAUUUCUCUGUGGGAUGCACAUAACUUCUUAGGUGGGUUAUGUUUUGACGUGACAGAGAUCCCGUUACGAGAUCCACCAGACAGUCCCUUGGCCCCACAAUGGUAUAGACUUGAAGGAGGUGGAGUUCACGGAGGCCACUUGAUGCUUGCCACGUGGCUCGGCACGCAGGCUGAUGAAGCGUUUCCUGAAGCAUGGAAAACCGAUACAGCCGGUAACCCCACUUCUCAGUCGAAAGUCUACCAAUCACCGAAGCUUUGGUACCUGAGAUUAAGGGUGAUCGAAGCUCAAGACAUCAUGCCGUUAACGUCGUCAAAAGAAUCAUCAAUCCAAGUCAAAGCCAAGUUGGGAUUUCAAGUUUUCAAGACCAAACCCUCCGUUACACGUAACGGAUCUCCGUCGUGGAACGAAGAUUUGAUAUUUGUAGCAGCCGAGCCGUUUAGUGACCAACACCUAGUCCUUUACCUGGAGAGUCGGCAAGCGAAAGGACCAGUCAUUUUGGGAGUAACUAGCAUACAACUAACGUCCAUAGAGCGACGUGUUGAUGAUCGGAAAGUGGCGUCAAGAUGGUUCAAUUUUGACAAAGGCAGGGUCCAGUUAUGUGUGUGCUUCGAUGGUGGAUAUCACGUGAUGGACGAGGCAGCCCAUGUGUGCAGCGACUAUCGUCCGACGGCAAGGCAGCUUUGGAAACCCCCUGUGGGGAUGGUCGAACUCGGCAUCGUUGGAUGCAAAAACUUAGUGCCCAUGAAGACAAUCAACGGCAAAGGUUCCACAGACGCCUAUGCUGUUGUCAAGUAUGGUAACAAAUGGGUUUGCACACGUAGCAUCUCUGACAGCCUGGAACCCAGAUGGAACGAGCAAUACACGUGGAAGGUAUAUGAUCCGUCCACGGUACUGACUAUAGGAGUGUUCCAGUUUGACAGUUUGCAAUUAUGUGAGAUGGACGGCUCUGAUGAACCCACGCGAAAUGAUCAUCGGAUGGGGAAGGUGCGUAUACGUAUAUCUACAUUGGAGACAGGUAAAGUGUACAAAAAUACGUAUCCACUACUAUUGUUGUCUAAUAUUGGAUUGAAAAAAAUGGGUGAGAUAGAGGUGGCAGUACGCCUCGCACGUGUGACUCCCACGCUUGAUUUCUUACACGUGUAUUCACAGCCAUUGUUGCCUUUGAUGCAUCAUAUCAAGCCACUAGGCAUGAUCCAACAGGAGAUUUUGAGGACCACCACAGUCAAACUUUUGGCUGCACAUUUUUCCCGAUCUGAACCGCCGCUUCCUCAGGACGUCAUUACAUACAUGUUAGACGCGGAAUCGCACGCGUUUAGCAUGCGCAAAGUACGUGCUAAUUGGUUCAGGAUCAUCAACGUCGUUGCUGGGGUGAUUGAUGUGGUCAAAUGGUUGGACGACACGCGUGCGUGGAAGAAUCCGACGGCCACCAUACUUGUGCAUGCAUUGUUGGUGAUGCUUGUGUGGUUCCCUGAUUUGAUUGUCCCCACAUUUGCAUUCUACUUGUUCGUGAUCGGAGCAUGGAACUAUAGGUUCCGGUCGCGGAUCCCACUGCCACACUUCGAUCCGAAGAUCUCAUUCGCCGAUUCCAUUGAUGGUGAUGAACUGGAUGAAGAGUUUGAUGCAGUUCCAAGCAGUAGACCAAAUGAGAUGGUACGUGCGAGGUAUGAUAAGCUACGCUCGCUGGGGGCACGUGUCCAGACUAUAUUGGGUGAUUUCGCCACGCAAGCAGAACGUGUGCAGGCAUUAGUGACUUGGCGAGACCCACGUGGCACGGGGAUUUUUGUGGGACUUUGCUUUGUUGUGGCUAUGAUUUUGUAUUUGGUACCGUCAAAAAUGGUGGCAAUGGCAUUCGGGUUCUACUAUCUGCGCCACCCUUUGUUUAGAGAUCGAAUGCCGUCACCGGCAUUGAAUUUCUUCCGAAGGUUGCCUUCGCUAUCUGACCGAAUCUUGUAGGCCGUUGAUCUACAAAAAAAAACUAAAGAUUUCACUCAGAUUGUUGCAAAAAUCUAUUGUUCAUACGAAUAAGUUAUAAAUUAAGCAUAUGGUGGACUUGGAAUCACUUGUAACACUCUCUGAAUGCAAUAUAAUUUUUGCUACU